AUGGCAGGAAUUGUGGCAACCACUGUACUAUUAAAGCAUCAUAAUCGCCCGUCUUCGUCGCCAUCAAUCGCAUUCAGCUCAAGUGACCCGCCUCGCACUCACCAGACUCUAGCUUGCCGCACCACUUACAACCAGCCACAACGUCACAAUUCCAAGAUGCAGUUCUUCGCAGCCAUCUCUUUCCUUGCCCUUGCUGGUCUGGGCUUUGCCUCUCCAGCGGAGCAGCAGCAGAAGCGCGCCACAUGCGCGACGUGUGCGCAGGGAUGCCUGCGUACUGACACGGGCGACUGCUAUCCGAACUGGCCCCAGUCGACUUGCGAGAUCUACCGCGGCGCUGGCAGUGGUGCGCAUAAAUAUGCACGCCGGCAAGGGUCGAGGGUGGUGGAAAGCGCUGUGAUCCUGUCCAUUGGUUGGCUGGCAAUAUCAAGGAUCCAUGAGGCGGAAGGACAAUGUCGAAUUUAUGCCUAUGUAAUCGCAUUUGUGACCCUGAAUGGUGCAUUUCUUUGUGAAAUCCCAAGGUCAGCGUCUGCGGCCAGGUUCUUGGGAGGUCCAAUCGUAAGGCAGUCUUUCGCUCCUGUGCUCGAUAGAGAGCGUAGAAACAGUUCGGCGCAAUCCGGGUGUACGGGCGAAAUCGACUCAGCAGUGACGCAAACCAGGGUGUACGCGGAUAGAACGAUAGCAGACUUCAUCUUGGCCAAUUCAGCGAGCGUAGUUGAACAAUGGGCAAGGGUGUACCACACGAGACGUCAGAGCGAGUGUCGAUGCCAACGCCAGGCGUCUGCCCAGGUAUAA